AUGGGGUCCAUGGCAUAUGAUCCCGAGCCCCAGGUGGUCGAUCCGACACCGCUGUUCUCUCGCCGAGUGCAGCGCUGGGAGCCCGGAGCCAUCCGGAGUUUGCUGCCGCUUGAGUCCAUCCCGGGGAUGAUCUCUCUGGUGGCCGGCAAACCUAACCCUCAAACGUUUCCCUUCGCUAAGAUUUCUGUCACCCUCGAUGGCCCUGAGGAAAAGACCUUGGUGCUAGACCAGAAGGCCCUGAGCGAGGCCCUUCAAUAUGGUCUCCCAGCCGGUCAUCCGCCCCUGCUUAAGUGGUUUGAGGGCCUCCAACAAGCCGUCCACGGCGUCACAGGCGGUGACUGGAUGUGCUGUGUCGGUAACGGCAGCCAAGAGCUCAUUCAUAAGGCCUUCCAGGUUUUUACCGAUCCUGGAGACCCGGUGAUGUUGGAAACUCCCGCUUAUCCCGGUGUUUCUGCUUUCCUGCGCGCAGAUUGCCAUGAACUCGUGGAGGUCGGAUCUGGAGCCGACGGUAUCGACCCAUCUGACUUGGAGCGUGUGUUGUCCAACUGGCCAGAAGAUCGCCCCCGGCCCAAAGUUCUGUACACCGUUCCGACGGGGUCAAACCCAACGGGGCGGUCGUGUACCGAGGCCAAUAAGUCAAGAAUCCUGGAACUCGCCAAGCGCUUUGAUUUCAUGAUUUUUGAAGACGAUGCGUACUACUUCCUCAACUUUGAGGAGGACACGAGCAAGCGGGCCCGCAGCUACCUCUCGCUCGAGCAAGAAGUCAACGGCGAGACGGGGCGGGUGAUGCGGUUCGACUCGCUCAGCAAGAUUGUCAGCUCGGGCAUGCGCCUGGGCAUCCUUACCGGCCCCGUUCCGGCGGUGCAAAAAGUGGUGAAGAUCACGGAAAAUGUCAAUCUCCAGCCAUCGUCCACAACGCAGGUCUUGGCUUUCACGCUGUUCCAGCAUUGGGGGUACACGGGCUUUGUCCAACACUGCGCCAAGGCCGCCGAGUUCUACCGAGCCAAGCGUGACGCUUUUGCCGCAGCGGCAGAGCGCCAUCUCCGGGGUCGCGCUACCUGGGAGGUGCCGACAGCCGGCAUGUUCUUCUGGAUCAAGCUGCUGCUGCCGGCCGGCGCGGACAGCUUCGAGCUGUUGAGCAAAAAGGGGAUCGACAACCGCAUCUUGGCCAUUCCGGGCAUGGCAUUUUUGCCCAACCUGCGCAAGGCGACGCAACUGCGUGCGAGCUAUAGUCUCGUCAGCGAGCCUGACAUGGACGAGGCCUGCCGGCGCAUUGCCAAGCUAGUGGAUGACGCUUGGCGGGAUGAGUUUGUCAACAGCAAGAAGAGUGAGGCGCCUGUGUCUCAGUCGGCGGCUACUGCACAAAAGGUGUCGGCGUAA